AUGUCUGUUGAGGUGCGGCGGCACCAGCUGCAGCAGCAGCAGCAGCAGCAGCAGCAGGGCCGGCGUCUGCAGCAGCCGCAACUAGAACGUCGGGAGCCUCCUCAGCUUUCGCAUCAGGAGCAGCAUCCGCUGCAACAGCAGCCGCAGCAGCAAUCUCAGCAGCAGCAGCAGCAGCAGCAGGAUCAGCAGGAUGGCGCGAAGCCACGCAAGAGCGGCUUUAAGCUGCUUAGCGGUUUGCUGCACCGCUCCAGCGGCGGACGUUCUUCUUUGUCUCCUGAUUUAAAUUCGUUGCGUGAUAUAAUACAAAGAGACACGGCAGCGAGAGACGUAGAAAAAGAUUAUCCCGUGCCUCUCUGGCUCAAGCGCCAGGGUGUAUCUGCACCCUGUGCAUACACCCAAACGUUUCAAGGCAAAUACGGAACCGUCAAUUACUCAGUCAAAGGAAUUCAGAACAAUAAAACAGUGUUGACCUUCCACGGGUUGAACGGAUCGAUGCAAACUUUUCAAGACCUUCAAAAUGUCCUUGCCGGCUUCGGAUACAGAGUUAUCACUUUUGAUCUGUACGGGCAUGGCUUGUCCGCUUCUCCCGCCUACCGUUUUUUUAAACGGCGAUACUCGGACGAUUUUUUUGUCGAUCAGGCCGAAGAACUUCUCGCCCAUUUGCAACUCAAUCAAGAAAAACUAGCUCUUGUUGGGUUUUCUAUGGGGGGAGUUAUAGCGGCUCGCUUUGCAUGCAGACACCCGACUAUGGUGAAUUCUGUCUCUUUAAUAUCUGCUGCGGGCCUUAUACCUAAAAAGCCAUUCCCUGUCUCCGUGCUGCAGCGAGAUACAGCAGAGGAGAAAGAGAAGACAACAACCAUGAACAAGAGAAAAACACAAAGACAGACACGGCUGAAGCAACAGCAACGCGAAACGAAUCGAAGAAACAACACCUCCCUUCUCCCCACUCAACUAAAGAAUGCAGCAGCAGCAGCAGCAGCAGCGGGAGUGGCGGCAGCAGCAGCGGCAGCGGCAACAGCAGCAGCAGCAUUGGGAGAAGGGACAGGUGUGCAAAGAGACACAGCAGCAGCAGCAACAACAAGAACAACUGCACUGCCUCACACCCGAGGCAGUCACAUUCGAGUGCAGCUGCAGCAGCAGGAGCAGCAGCAGGCGCAGCAGCGGGAGCAGCAGCAGGAGGCGCAGGUGCAGCAGCAGCAGCAACAGCAACAGCAGCAGCAGAAGGGGGAGCUUUCGAUUCCGCUGGGGAAGCAGCAGACGCCGUGUUUGCUGCUGUGGGGAGGAGACGAUCCCGUGGUAGCUGUGGAUUGCUGCAGCCUUUUGUGCAGCUUGCUGCCGAAUCAUGCGUUAGUUGUUUUCCCUCACUGCCAUCAUUUGCUGCUAGCAGAAAGACCGCAUGCAUGCAUUGCGUUGAUAUUAACUUUUCUUGGCUUUAUACCCGACUUUGAACGAACAAACCGAAAUAGCAGCAGCAGCAGUAGUAGCAGCAGCAGCAGGAAGAACGGCAAAGAACGACGAAAGAAAACGCAUUCACAACAGCAGCAGGAACAGCAGCAACAGCAACAGCAGCAGCAGCCACAAGUGUAUAUGCCCGUAUGGAGAUAUUUGCUGCCGUUCUCUCCUGAUGGGGUGUACGUACACCCGAGAUUUCGCUGUCCUCCCACUCUUACCCCUAAAGAAUAUCUCGAUUUGCUGCAGUAUAAACCCCGCUUCAGUGUUUGCUUUGAGGGCCCCUCUUCUGGGGACCCUGCUGCAGGGCUUGGCGAGAAGAGUAAAGAAAGAAAACAUAACCGCAAAAGUAAAAAAAAUGCAGCAGCAAUUCAACAACAGCUUCUUCUGCAAGGGCCCAGCAGCAGGAUCCAACAGCACAAGCAACACGACCAGCAGCACAAGCAGCAGCAGCAGCAGCAAGAGCAGGAGCAACAGGCGCAGCAGGAGCAACAGAUAAGCGAUGGGGAGGAAUUGCACGAAGUGCCAACGCUGCACAGAGGGGUCUCAAGGGAGGAGGCAGCAAAAGCUGCUUCUGCUGCAAGCAGCAGCAGGAAACCAGCAGCAGCAGCAGCAGCAGCAGUCGCAGAAGAAGUAGUUGUCCUUCCUGACUCUGAGAUAGAAGAAGCUUCUUCUCCUCCGUCUAAGCCUGAACACACAGUACCAGUCAGAGGUCAAAUGCCUCCUGGGGCUACCUCUAUCAAAGGCAGCACACCAGCAGCAGGAAAAUCAGGUUCUGCUGUUGGUGCUGCUGCUUCUGCUGCUGGUUUGAAGCAUACGGGGUCGCUGCAGGAUUUUUUCUUUGCGG